AUGAAAAUUACUCAUUUCUGUGCAGCUUUGGUGGCCAUUGUAGCUUCAGUUUCCUCUUUUUGGUUUUGCCUUGAAGACUUUUAUGUUUCAACCUAUUAUCUUAAAAAUGGUGUGGUUUUGAAUGGAAAGUUCUCCAAGCAUCCAAUGGCUACAACACCGAUUUGUGGAGGCACAUCGAGUGAAAUCAGAUUAGAAGUUAUGCUUGUAAAAGGCGAUACAAUCCCGGGAUUCAACAAGCUUGGCAUCUCAGUGGCUCGCAUUGAUUAUGCACCUUCCGAACUCAACUCCCCCGUCGCUCAUCCUCAUUCCUCUGGAUUCCUAGUCGUCGUUCAAGGCUCACUCUACUUCGGAUUCAUCAGGACUUAUCCUGAUCAUCUUCUAAUCACAAAAACUUUAAAGGUGGGUGAUGUUUUUGGGUUUCCAGUUGAUCUGAUUCACUUCCACUGUCACAUUGGUACCAGUGUUGGUGUCGUGUUUGGUGGAUGGUGCAGCCAAAAUCCUGAUGCCGCCAUGACACCUAGCUUUGGCUCCGAUACGCCGAUCAACGAAGUCCGAUUGGAUGAGGUUACAGUCAACUUUCUUCUAGAGCACUUCUGGACCAACCACAACGAUUAA